AUGGAGGAGUGCGAUUAUAUCAACGAAUUGCCUGAUUCUUUACUAACUCAGAUACUCUUAGACCUUCGGACCAAAGAUUCUGUUAAGACAAGCGUGUCGUCGAAGAGAUGGAGAAAUCUUUGGUUAAACGUUCCUGGACUUGACUUAUUCAGCCUUCAAUUCACAAAUCCUCAUCAUGAAGAAGGCUUGAUAAAGUUUAUGGACAGAUUUAUGGAGUCUAACUGCAGGUCACGCCUGCAAAAGUUCAUGAUAAGGUAUUUCGAAUGCAAUGGUUAUCGAGAUCGAUUCAUGGAGUUGAUCGGUACAGUGGUUGAUUGUGGAAUUCAACAUUUGUAUGUUUAUAUGCAUACUUGUAAUAGAGUUGAUUUCAUACGUCAAAACAUUUACAAGAGCAAGACAUUGGUCUCUUUGAAGCUUUAUAACGUAGAGUUGAAGAAUCCAGACUUUGUUGUUUCUCUACCUUGUCUCAAGAUCUUGAAACUGAUGAAAAUUUGUUACGGUGAGGAUGGCCCUUUGGUUGUGGAGAAGCUCAUCUCAGGAUGUCCUGUUCUUGAAGAUCUUGAGCUGAUUAAGCCUUUUGAUAUUUUGACUCAGGACGUUAUACUGUUUCUGCGUAUUGAUGCUCCACGACUCAAGUAUAUGACAUUUUACGAGAGUCGAUUUGAUAGGAUUAUGGUAAAGAACAUGAGUUCCUUGUUUAGUAUCGAAAUUAGAGCCAAAUCUAGUUUUGAGUAUGGCGGUCUUUUGAAAGCAGAGGAUCCAAGAAAGAGAGCUAUUAUCUGUGAUUUUUUAACCGUGAUAUCUAGUGUAAGGCAUAUGAUCAUUUCUGGGAGCAUUCUAGAGGAGCUACAUUCUUAUUCCAAACUAGGAUGGAUUCCCCAAUUCCGUAACUUAUAUCAUUUGCAGGCUUCGUUCUUCGGUACAUCGUUACAACUAUUGCCAACCUUUCUUGAGAGCUGCCCAAAUCUGAAAAACCUAAUCAUGGACUAUGGGGCAUUUAAGGAAGAAAAUAUCGACUUUCACGAAGUGCCUCAGUGUUUGAUAUCGACUCUCGAGUAUGUUCACAUUAACAAACUGAUGAUGAUGGAGCAAAGUGGGAUUAAACUAGUAAAUUACUUUAUUGAGAAUUCAGCAGUCCUCAAGAAACUUACUCUACGUUUCUCAUUUUUUUCUUCUAUAGAGAGCGAGAGCUACAAGAAGCUUCUUACAUCAACAAAGCUUUCUCCCACAUGUCAAGUUAUCUUUGUUUGA